GAAAGUCCCAACUUCUCUCCUUUCCGCUCUGUUUUCUUCCUUCCUCCCGUCUCUCCUCCGGCAGCAAGGUGCCUCUUCUCUCUCGCGGUGUGCGCGCUCGUCGCGCGUCUUGUGCUUGUCUCCUUUCGCCUGGGGGCUUUGCACCCUCUUCUCCUCUCUACCUUGGACUUUCUCGCUGGCGCGUUUUUCCCUCUCUCCCUAAGCCGUCCAGACGCGAGUUCGCUCCCCUGUCUCCUUCCGAAGGCCUCGAAACGCUCAAAGUCGACGCUCUGAGGGAGUCGUGCAUCCCUUCAACCUACCUCGACCAGGAUGCAUCUUAGUUCCACGGUUUACAUCGCUCUCUCCAUUGUUUUCAGCUCAGCCACCGACCCCAUUGCCGGCGUUUCUCACCUCCUCCUCACGGAAGCGCCCUCCAGCCUUUGCGUUGCCUCGUGGCGUCUCGCUCCUCUCGCUCUUCUUCGCCUCUUCUCGCUCUUCUUCGCCUCUUCUCGCUCUUCUCGCCUUGGUGGAGAACGCUUGAGGACUGGAGGCGGCCCUUGGAUUUUUCUCCACAGUUUCUCAAGAGCUGAGGCACCAUGGCUGGGCUCUCGCGACUGAGCGCGCGAGAGCGACCAGCACUGGCCUCCUCCUCGAGCGCGUUGCGUCCCCGAGAAAACAGCGCGCAUGAGGAGGACUCGACCCUGCGACGCAGAGGCUGCUCGUCGCAGUCUCCGAACCUGGAGACUUUCGGAGGCUCCUUCUGCGACGAAGGGAAGUCUCUCUCGCCGGCGCCUUCUCGGCGGCGCGCGCCUCCGACGCUCUCCUCCCAGCAGGUCCCCGCGGCGGUUCUCGGCGCGCCGAAUACCCCACAGAGCCUGCGGCGCUCUGGGGCCAAGAGGCGACAGAGACGCGCGCCUGCAGGGAAGAAUGCGUGGAACACAACCAAGUUUCUGCGCCAGUUCGAGGACGAGCAGCAUGAGACGCAGGAAGAACGCCUGUGGUUUCCAGUCCACUCCAUGUGCCAGGCAGAGGGAUACAACCUCCGGACUUUGUACGAAGCCCUCAUCGCACGACACUGCUACGCUCGCUUUCUGGACGACCGAGGAACCGUUUUAUAUUUGGAGCUCCCGGACAGCGACCUGCCUGUGGUCGAGGUGAAGGCAUGCAGCCACGAUCGCUACGAAACCUUCUUGCGGGUCUUGGCUCCUGGCGCGCGGCGGUCGUCGCGUUCGCCGUCGGCGUUUCCGCGGGCAGGCGGGGCUUCCCCGGCGGAUCGGCGCUGGGCCGCACAGGCGGACGCGGCGCCUGGGCGCGUCGACGCUCGUCCGCUGCUAUCCGCCUCCGUGCAGUCGGAGGAGGAAGGACCCGGCGAAGACUCCGUGGACAGCUUCCUGAAGAGACACGGCUCUCUCCAUCGCGACUUCUCGGCGCCUCCCCGCGGACAUUUUUCCAGGGGACGCGAGCCGGAGGAGGCGGAGGAGGAGGCGGAGGAGGAGGCGGAGGCGAAGGAGGCGGCCAACCGCCGGCGCGAGCGGUGGGAGGCCUCUGGCAGACGCUUGCGAGCGCGGGAGGCACACACGUUCGACUUUUUCCACGAGGAGGCGCGCAGCCGGUCUCAGUCGAGCGUUUCUUCGACCUCGUCGACCGGGCGGAGCGCUUGCGCAGGGCGGUGCGAAGGACGCGAAGAAGGCGACGGAGACUCCGAGCAGCUUCUGGGCGCGCCGGGGCGAGGCGCCAGCAGGAGUCCCGACCACCGCGGAGCCAGGUGCGAGAGGGAUCUGGGACCCGACGAUUUGUCGGACGACGAGACGGCUGGUCCGUCGCGAAAACAUGCAUCUUCGAGGCGGCGCCGAGAAAAGAAAACCGGCGCGGUCUCGGCUGUUCUGUCCCCGACCUUCUCCCUCUCGCCUGCCGAGUGCUUCGGGAGCCUGGAGAGCUCCCCGAACAAGCGGGGCUUCUUCGGUCACUUGCUGGGAAGUCAGACCUGCUUCGCAGAGACCAGGCCGUCGACGUUCAGCUCCUUCUCACCCUUCGCCUGGGCCGGCGCCGCGAGAAAGACGAGUCCCUUCAGCUCCGAAGCAAAGCGCGCUUGCAGAGGAAGACAGGAUGAGGCCGUCCAAGACGCGUACUUCUCACUCGCGGAAGACGCCGCGCGAGGCGGGGACGCGUCGCGCGUCUUGUUCUGGCAGCCCAGACGCGACAUGGAAGACCGAGAGGAAGGCGUCGAGCAUGAAAAGGACCGAGAGCCGCAGGCAGACCGCACCGGGUCCUGUUUCGUCUUCUCGAACGGCGCUGUCGUCGUCUGGGGUGGCGGCGACGUCGGCGGCGCCGAGAUCAGGAGAGACAUGCUGAGCACCUUGGUCUGGUUUUUAGGAAGAUUUGCGACUGGAUUUCUCCGCGUCGACAUGACUCAAGAAGAUGUGAUGUUCUACAGUUACAUCGACGACCUCCGGAAAUGGUCUUCGGCCUCGGCGAUCCCCCGAAGACGUAUCAAGCAAAACCGCCUCUACCUUAAGACUCGGGAUGUCUCUGAAAAGCUGGCGGCAUCCUUCGCAAUUGCUCAGUCGGUUCGCCUCGAUGUAUACGAGGCUCUCGUCAACGACACCAUCGCGCGAGUGCAGGAAGUACCUGAGCGCAUGUCGCGCCUCGGCUGCGAUUUCUCUGCCGAGGAAGGUCACCAGAGCGGCUGGAGGUCUCUCCUCCACUUUCCCAGCUUCCUCAAAGAGCGAGACGAGGAACACAGCGACGCAUACAACAAGCAGUUCGCCGACCUCUCCGUGAGAAUCAUCAACGUGAACAUUGUCGAAAACUUCCUCGACGUGCCUGACUUCUUCUGGGAGGACGACAAGUGGCAGGCGUUCUGGCACCGAGUCCACCACCACCUGCAACUGCAGGAAAGGAUCGAUAUUCUCAACACUCGAUAUUCAUGCAUUCUUGAGCUCCUCAACGUCGUCCGGCGCGAACAGUGUCAGGACCACGAGUUCCGCAUGACUUGGAUUAUCGUCCUGCUCCUGGUCGCUCAAGUCGUUGCUGCGGCUGUAAAGUACGUCGUGUUGGACGAGCCUUGAUUUUUCCCCCGCUUUCACUGAGAAGAACAGAAUGGAUGCGGAGGCGAGAGCAGAGCAGUCUGAGGUUCGACAAGACAGAGGAGCUGACCUGCCUUGGGGGCGUCUCCCUCGUUUCCGUAGCGCCCCUGCAGCAGGGGGGAGAAAAGAAUCGAAGCUCGAAACGACAGAGGCGUUUUCGCUUCUUCAGUACAGUGAAGUGCACAGUGGAAAUCAACACUGCAGGGGCAACUUUCCCUCAACAGAGGCCUGUGUGUGUUGCCCAACAGGCCGGGUCGGCCCGACUUCGGACUGGACGCAAAGCGAAGGCUGGGGGAGAGACAUAGGGGAGGGAGGGGGGGAAAGCAGAAGAGUUCCUCUGUUAGUGGACUCCAAUUUGGCACAGGGAGCAGAGAAGGGGAGACGAGGUCGAGGAAGAAAGCCGGAGGGCAAGAAAGAGAGACAGCCGUUGCGCCCGAGAACUGGCGUGUGUCUCCUCACGUUUCCAGUUUCGGUUUCUCCCAUCGCUUGUAGCGGAAAAGAGGAGAGGGGGGGACCGGCCAGCACGGACGACGGGCGCGAGGGGUCGAGCACGGGAAGCAUUUGUCUCGGAUCGGAGACGAAGAGGACCACAGACGAGCUUGACUUCACAUGCUUCGUGUAGGCCGUAUUCUGUGCGUCCACACGUGGAUCAGCGCCUGUCGAUCUGUGUAACCAUUCCUCUACGUUUCGCGCCUCUAUCGAGAUACCCCUAUAGAGAAGUAGACAGAGACCUGAACGUGAGACCAGUGUACGAGUGUGUACGUAUACGUGACUUGAUAAUGUCUUUGUUUGUGUCUACUGUCUGCACCGGAAACAUGGAAUGCGUUCAGUGAUCGGGUGGGGGACUCUUCCGUUUUUCCGAAACUGUGGGCGUAGGCCAUUGGGCUGGUGAAGACAGAUCUUCGCGGGGCAAGGACCAGCCUUGUCGAUUCUCAGCUUAUCGCUGUCAGGCGAGAUGUAUCAGGGAAACAGGUUGUGGCGAGUAGUGCGUGGAUCCGCGGAAGGUAGUGUGUGUAUACCAUCGAUGAGAUGCGCUCUUCGUGCAUACUUGCAAGCACUGGUACAGGGAUUAUUAUCUCUUCAUAUGGGUGCGUACGGCAGACGUCCGCCUGUGUGUCGGCCUGCAUUACGUGGAAUCGUUAAGCGUUUCCUCAGUCCGUCUCCGUACAGCCUUGCAAUGAGAAGGAAGGUUGAGUUUUUCUGGGACCUUUUUAGCAACGUGUUUUUCCGAUGAUAUGAAGUUUUCCAAAAAUCGCUCUUGCAAUGAAGUCCACAAUAGACUCCAGGAGAGGCGCGC